AUGAGUUUAGAAUCAGAAGUGGAUAGACUAAAGAAGAAUUUGGACCGAGAAAGAAUAACAGUUCGACUACAACAACAGACGAUUCAAGACCUUGAAAACAAGCUGAGAGAAUAUCAAGAUAAAAGCAACGCAGAGACACCAGAUGAACUUGAACUAGAAGAGAGCCAAUUAUUAAAGGAACAGUCUGCGAGAAAAGUGACAGAACUAGAGACAAUCAUCAAGGAGAAUAAUCAGCAACUCUUAGCUCUAAGGAACAACAUACAAGCUUAUGAAAAGCAAGUCACUGAAAAUCAUCAAGAGAUCUACAGACUACAAGAUGUGAUCCGUGAGCUACAGUCGUCACUGACGGAGAAAUCAAGCAUGAUCAAUUCACAAGCCAUGUCGAUCCUAUCAUACAAGCAUCAAAUACAAAAACUACAAAAGAAACUAGAGCUACCGAUACAUUCCAACAGUAAAUCAGCGAUGAAGCCUUACUAUAGAAAAUCACAGCCAUUAAAACAACAUACCAUCAAUUCGACGUUGAUGAGACAGCAACAACAACAAAAGCCAACAGAUACCCAACCUUCUUCUUCUUCAGGCAAAGAAAAUGAAAUUAUUGAACAACAGCCGCGGCUCCAACCAUUAGAAAAGCUUCCUAUAAGUACAUCCUCUGAACCUACAGAAUCCACUCGUGCUAGACAUGAAAGAAUCCACAUGCAUGGAGAAACCUGUGUAGCAUGCGAAAAGUUUUAUGAUACAACACCACUUCCUGAUGUUCACGAUCAAACUGUUCAAUACACGGCUUCCGAACGAAUUCAACUCCAUUCAAGACACAGACAUAGACAAAGAGCGACGACUCCGCCUGGAUUCUGGGAUAUGGAAUUUGGAUCUCCUGAGAUUGACUCGACAAGGCAUAUCCGCUUGACAUAA